AUGACCACCAGCGUCACCACUCAUUCUUCAUCGGUUCGUGGGGUCAGGGGCGGCACCCUGACCAGUUUGCCAAUGUCCAUGGACAGCUCGGGAAUGUCUCCCAACACAUCCACCUCGCUGCCUUCAUCGCCCGUCUCAGUGACCGCCAUGUCUGGCCUGCUCAGCUCCAGAAACUUGGUACAGGAUGAGAAGCUUGUGGUAGCAACUUUGGCCACCCUCAACUCUGGAAGUGCCAGCAGCCUUAUCAAGCAGGACCUCAAGUGGAUCAUUCAGUCUCGGCGGAAAGCGGAGGGAAAAGCGGAGCUACAGGUGGAGUUUAAGAAACCUGUUAAAGAUGAGCUGACAUCCGAGGAGAUCAUGAAGCGCGCCAGGAGGCGAGAGCUGAACCGUUUAGCUGCACGCCGCUCCCGGGAAAAAGGGCAGAAGCGCAAAGAUUUACUUGUCGAGGAAAUUCGCAAACUGCAGUCUGAGAACUCUGAAUUGGUAAACAUUCUAGGAGACCUGACAGAAGAGAGGGACAACAUCAUUUUCAUCUUGAGGCAACACAUGAAACAGUGUUCGGACUACAAAGCCACACAGAGUGCAGCAAUCGGAGUGUCUCAGAAGGUGCUGGACUUACUGGGCUUCCCUUUGCUGUCUGCAAGUGAAGCACAAGUUCAGGACGUGUCGGAUCUCUACAUCAACACAGGGGAUAGCUGCUCGUCCCACUCACAGUCCCAGAGCCCUUGCGUUGUUGUCAAGCAGGAAAAGUGUGAUUUCUCCAGCUGUCCUGUUUCACCUGUGAUGGCUGGGGUCGGCACCCAGCUCAUGAUUGUCAAUGAUACAUCUAUGCCAGGUGGCAGCAUUAUUUAUGAUGAAUCAUCAUCAUCAUUCACCAGUCACAACAUCUUUAGUCCAGAGAGUCCUCCAGCAAAGUAUUCCUUCCCACUUGGCAAUCUCCAGUUUGAUUCCCCACCAAUAUCCUGUGCUGUUCCAUUACCACCACCACCACCACCACCACGGAGUUGCGCCCAAAGUCUUGAGGCAGCCAGUUCUAACGUGGAUACUUCUGACCAACAAGAAAUUAUCCAGUACAAGCACAAGCUCAUGAAAUACAGAAAACACUUCUCCCAAGCUUCACAGUCAUCCUUUGCAGGCAGCCGAGGCAGUCGUGCCAGCUUGGAACGCAGCUUUUCUUUUCCAUGUACGGUCAGAGAAUCUAGGUCAAACUUCAGUUCACCUGCUGUCUCGGAGUCUUACAAGCUAGAACCAUACAAGCUGGAACCAUGUAAACCAGAUGUCAUGACCUUACCUCAAGACCCCACAGCAAACCUGGCAUUGGCUUCAGACAAAACAGAGGAAUCAGUGGGCUGCCCACUUAAUUUGGCAGUUAGAAAAACACCCAGCACGCCGGAUAGUGAUCGGGAGAAAAUGUUUACUGUGAACCCAAUGGAUACCUGGCCACCGGCUGGGAUGAGAUCCAUGCCAUUCCGAAACCUUGAACGGAGAUGGUCAGUUGAUCACUCCCUCCCUGAGCCGCUAAACCUCAGCAGCAAGGUCAGGUCAGAGGUCAAGGGCCAUCACCUAACGGAGAUGACCCCCAGAAAUAACCCAGGCCAACAGAGAAGAGACAGUAGGCAUUCCGAAUUUAGUGUGGACACCUACAGAUAG